AACAUUUUUAUACAUCUUUAAUGUAUCUUCAUAUAUUUUUAAAUAUUUUUAAAAAAUAAUUAUUUCUUAUAUAUAUGUAUUGUAGUAUCCGGUCAUAUUAUCGUAUAUACCUCGCAAAGUUAAAGCGCUUCCGUUCACUUAACUCGCGGUGGCAGACUAAUUAGCGCUAUUAAUUGCGAUAAUUGGCGCGUUCGACCGCUUCAACCGAGAGACGCCAAAUCGUCAGUCCCAACGGUGCUCAAGAAUGCGAAUCCCUCGUAUGUUCUCACUAGCCAUUUUGUGUGUCUACCUUCAUGAUAUUUAUGCCGCCACUUUAUCUCAAAGUAGCGGCUGGUUUGCGCGCGAUAAGAGAUACCUGGUGUAUCCGCCACCCGGAGACUAUGCUCCAACGAAAGUUCAGUUAAUCCUCGGCCUCGGUUUACCCAUGGAAGUUGACGUCAGCAUGAUUAUCGGCUACGUGAUGAAAUUUAAUUACGUCCUGCCCUAUAACGCCUCGUACUUGACGGAUCCAUACGUUCGUUAUGACAGAUCGAUCAACCGCCAUGUCGAGCCUGAUGGAAAUGACGCCUCUCCGCCAAAUGCGAAAGCGACUUUGAUAUCCAGAUGGGAGUGUUACGAAAUCCUCGAGUCGACCUUCGAGUCUAUGCGUUCGGGAAAAGCUUGCCUUUUGAAAACCAUUUGCGAAGCCGCGGCUGUGCCUUUUAGACGGAGCCAUACUCUGACUGCGCAGCUCGCCCAUAUUUUCCUCACGCCUUCCACCACGUCCGAGCCAUUCAGAAACGCCUUCGAUCAACAAUAUCGUGCCGCUGAACUUGCAGGUCAACAAGACUCCAACAGCUGCGACAAUUUAUUUCCGGAGUGCACGGAAAGCCUCUUAGAUUAUUUUACCGAGAUAUAUUAGAAUAACUAUGUCAUCAGAGAGAAGGUUCUUAUUUUAGCAUUAUGUCUUUGCAUUUAAUCAAAGUUAUUUAUACAAGAUUUUGUGUCGUGCAAUUUCUAUCGCAAUAAUAGAAUCAGCGGAAUUUUCCUUCGUUGCAAUAUAUAUUGUAUAAGAAAACACUAUUUUUAUAUAUUAUGUUUAUUUAAAAAAAUAUGUUUUGACAUUUACUAUAUAUAGAUAAUAUCAUUAAUGAUUAUACGUAACAUAUACAUUAAUGAUUAAACUUAAGCCAUUAACUGGUAAAAAUGUUCUUGACUAUUUGCAUUCUUAAAAUCUUUCAUUAGCAAAAAUUAUGUAAUUCCUAAUUAUUAAUUUAAAUUACAUUGCUUGAAUUACAUACGUUGCUAUCUGGAAAAUUUUAUAGAAUUUUGUACAUUUAAUAAAACGUUGCAAUAUAAUGGGAAUGAAGUUGUCAAAUGAAAGAUUUCAAGAUACAAACAAAAAUGCAUCUCUUUUAAUAACAGCUUCGGCGCACUGCAUCGUGAUUAGUAGUCGGUCUUCUUGACUUCUAUAAAUUUCGAGCGGACCAUUUUCUCUUCGCAUACAUCUGUUGUCAAACGAAAGUAUUGGCAAUAACAUCCGAUAACUGCGUCACGUUCAGUCGCAAGCAGUAUGUUCAUACUUCUUGGUUGGUUCCAUGUGCUUUCCUUCGCCACUUUCUUCCUCCGUUUACUGCUGUCCCGUCCAUCGUCCUAGUCCUUAAUAUUUGUAAUAUCAGCUGGAACACGACAAAGCUCGUGAUUUACGAGCUUAAAAAAGAAUCUUGCAUGUCUCGACGUAAUAUUACAUGCUCUGGAUUGUGAAAUAAAACGCCACAGAUAAUGAUAUAUCUUUCAUAACAUUAAUUAGAGUAAAUCAUUUUUACAUGAUUAAAGCGAAAUUAAAUCAAUAUUUAGCCUUAAUCCUAAUAUUUAAUAAUAAUACUGUCUGGUUAAUUUAAACCACUUUUAAAACGACGAAUCAUAUGAAUUUUAUAAAUUUUUCAUUGUUAUAAAUGAAUUUAUAAAUAAAAUUGAUCUAUUACAUUAUAUUUUUAAGAAAAUUUUCUCCAACAGAUAAACGCGAUAGGAAAAGGUAGGGUCAAGCGAUUUAAAAUCUGCUAGGUGAUCACGCAACGGAAGAAAGAUAAUAUACGUCGGUCUUCGUGAGAUCUUCGACGAAAGUUCAAGGUUACGAAUAUCCCGGAGGCAGCAAUAUAGAAAAUACUGACGUUAUGGAAUCGACGAUGGGAGCUACCACACCAUUUCACAGUCCGCGAAUCAAUUUACUAUCAUUUCCGUUACUCGUAUAUAUUUUUUAUCAAGUGGUCUCCGCAAUCCAUCGUCCAAUACUUGACUUUAAUAGAACACGAUGAUACUUUUUUAUGUAAAAUUUUUUAUAUCAAUUGUUACAAUUUGUGAAGGGCUCUUUAUUUUUGAUUGCCGUUAAAUCAAAUACUCUGGAAACUUUAAUUUUUUUUUUUUUUUUUAAGUGGAAGUCUUGACAUUAGGUUCGACUGAUGGAAACUCGGCUGACGAGAAGUGUCACUCGACUUCUAAUUUUUAUUAGAAUUACAAAUUGUCAAUUGAUAGUUUAUCUUGCGACUUAGAAUCGUUCGAUUUUGUCGAGAGGACAAGGCAAUUGGCUUAGUUCGCAUAUACGGCCGUAGAUUCUGUCGCGAAAUUGAAUUACAACUCCAGGACGACGUAAUAAAACUCACCCUCCUCGCGUAUAUAUCCUUGUUCCCCUGUCGUCGGAGGAAACGUAAGAGGAAACGAAUCAACUUUCCUCCGACUACCUUCUCUGGGGAUUAUCUAAAAAGAUAUCGAUCUGCGAGUUUCAGAUUCGCAACGAAUGAGAAGACGGGCUUAACAAGUUGCAGCUGUCGAAAUGUUCGAACAUAAAUUAUAGUUGAAAGUGUGAUGACUAUCAAUUUGUAUCUGAAAGGGAUCUAUUACAUUCCGAAGUUAUUAAUAGACUAUGUGAUUAUGUAAAGUUUUAUAACAAAAGCAUAAAAAGAAUUAAGCACCAUGAUCAGCUUCGAUCAAAAAAUGUCAUUUUUUCCUAUUUCAUGUAUUAUUCAUCACAUAUACAACAUAUUGUUGAAAGAAUUGAAACAUAAGUUUUCGUUCUGUUUUUCGCGCACUUUAUUAUUUAUUUUCGAACCACUUCUAAGGUGCUGGCGAACGAUCAAGGUAUUUUUUUUUUUUCAAUUUUUACUUUAAGCGGCACGUACAACUACCGGAGAAAAUGGAUUCUCCGAUACCGCCAUUGUUAACCAGAGUGAUAAACUGACCCCGCAUACGUCUUCUUUUGUUUCAGAAAUACCCCGUGCGCUGUGUUACGUAACCAUUUAUUUUUAGUUCAUCGCCGAUUUUGUCCAUUGUAUCCCACAAUUCGACCUCUUCCAAUAUAAAGAGAAAUGAUCGAAACCGCGGAAAUGUUCCUUGCCGCGCCUGUCAAAGAUACACUUUGUACGAUUUCUCUUUAACUGAGAUUUCAGCUCGAUGCGACAUUUAAUCGAUGCAAUUUAAUCUUUUUUUUUCUUACUUACAUUGUAGGAAAGUUAGCGCAAAGGUCAAGGAAAAUUUUCACUAAGGGAUAAAUCUUUCUUUUUUGUUCCGCUUGGCCGAGCUGCAUCUUGGUUUUUUUUUAUAUCAAGAAUUCGCGGACGAAUGGAUGUUGCUUAGCCGACCGUCGCUUGAGCGAAUACACGUUUUGCAUUCAGCCGUAGAUCCGACGGUGAUUCCAUAUACCAUAACGUGAGGGUGAGUUUUACGAGAUCGUAUGACCGUCGUGAUUCAAUUUAGCGACGGUAUCAUGAACUCGUGCCGACUUACGGAAGGCAUUCUACGAUGUUGCGAGAUUACGAGGCUACACGAACGAGCUCGAGAUCUCGUCGCGGCGAAACAAAACUUUACUUCUCCCGUUUCCUCGCUAGCCAUUUUUCUUCGCGAGCGGACCGAUCGGCCGACCGUCCCCGCCCUCGCACAAAUUUUCGCUAAGAUUUUAUUACGUUACUGGAUCAUCCGUUUAAAGGUCUGCAAGAUAUCCGCCGCUGGCUCUCACCGUCGAUCAUGAUGUCCAAAGUUGGGAACGAUUCUUUGUAACUUACGGUCGUGAGAGAAAAAAAAAA